GCAUGCGUUCUUCCAUGUCUGCCGAUCAACCACAUAGCUUUUGUGGAAGGGGAAUUUACGAAUUUGUUCCAGUAACGAGAACAUCUGGAAAGCGACGUAGGAUUUCUCAAGGAAAGAAUGAGGAAGCUGGCCAGUCGAUAAGGAAGCAUCUAAAGAUUCAAUACGUCGAUUAA